ACAUCAUUGAAACCUCAAAGAUAUAAGAUAAUGCAUGAUUAAUUCAAAACAAUUUGAGUGAAAAAGUAUUACAUUUAACAGAGUAUUCUGAACACUAAAGGGUUAAAGACUAAAAGUAAAUAUUAUACAAGACAGAUGUAUAGCAUUGUUUCUACAAAUCUGUGGAAGAGUUCGUGUGAAAAAUUUGCUAGACAAAGGCAGCAGUGGAAGUAAUUAAGUAUAAAAACAAAAGCAAGAAAAAUAUAUCAACUGUGAUUUGAGAGGAAAAUAAUGGAAAAGAGUGAGAAAAUUAUAGACCUGACUUCCCCUGAACACAUGAUAAAAGAGAGGAGAUCGUAUGACUGUGAUAUCUGUACAAAGUCCUUCCUUCGCAAAAGUGGCCUAAUUGUGCACAAACGUAUUCAUGCAGGGGAGAAAUCAUAUCAUUGUGAUAUCUGUGGUAAAUCAUUCUCUAACAGUAGUCACUUAACUGCACAUAAACGUGUUCAUACAGGAGAGAAGCCAUAUCAUUGUGAUAUUUGUGGUAAAUCAUUCUCUAUAAGUAGUCAUGUUACUGCUCACAAACGUACUCAUACAGGGGAGAAACCAUAUCACUGUGAUGUCUGUGGUAAAUCAUUCUCUGGAAACACUGCCCUAACAAAACACAAUCGUAUUCAUACAGGAGAGAGACCAUUUCACUGUGAUGUCUGUGAUAAAUCAUUCUCUCAAAGUAUUCACUUAACUACACAUAAACGUAUUCACACAGGGGAGAAACCGUAUCAUUGUGAUAUUUGUGGUAAAUCAUUCAUUGCAAAUAAUUACUUAACUAGGCACCAACGUAUUCACACAGGAGAGAAACCAUAUGACUGUGAUAUCUGUGGUAAAUCAUUCUCUUAUAGUUCUGGCUUAACUAAACACAAAAGUAUUCAUACAGGGGAGAAGCUAUAUCACUGUGAUGUCUGUGGUAGAUCAUUCUCUCAAAGAUCUCACUUAACUAGACACAAACAUAUUCACACGGGAGAGAAGCCAUAUCAUUGUGAUAUCUGUGGAAAAUCAUUCACUGAAAAUAGUUACUUAGUUAUACACAAACGUGUUCAUACUGGAGAGAGACCAUAUCACUGUGAUAUCUGUGGUAAAUCUUUCUCUGAAAAUUCUGCCUUAACUAAUCACAAACGUAUUCAUACGGGAGAAGAACCUUAUCAUUGUGAUAUCUGUGGGAAAUCAUUCUCUCGAAGUAGUAACAUAGCUAGACACAAACGUAUUCAUACAGGAGACAGGCCAUAUGAAUGUGAUUACUGUGGUAGAUCAUUCAAUGAAAAUCGUGAUUUAACUAGACACAAACAUAUUCAUUCGAGAGAGAACUCAUAUAACUGUGAUGUCUGUGGUAAAUCAUUCUGUAACCGUAAUGCCUUGACUUCACACAAGCGUGCUCAUGCAAAGGAAAUGCCAUAUCCCUGUGAUAUCUGUAGUAAAUCAUUUUUUGAAAGGGGUCACUUAAUUGCACACAAGCGUGUUCAUACAGGAGAGAAGCCAAAUUGUGAUAUCUGUGGUAAAUCAUUGACUCAUAAUUAUCAGUUAAGUAGACACAGACGUAUUCAUACAGGAGAGAAACCAUAUCACUGUGAUGUCUGUGGUAAAUCAUUCUCUCAAAAUAGUGACUUAAUGAAACACAAAUAUAUUCAUACAGAAGAGAAAGGAGAAGGAUAGUUUCUGUAGUUUGUUGUUUGCUAUACAAGGUAUCGAAAAGUAACUAAACACAUUCUGUAGGACAAGCUCAUUGUAGUUCAGGCUUCGGCCACUAGAAGCCACUUCGUGCGACCCUCAGGCACCAGCCUACCAACUGGCAUCAUCUGGUCAUGUCAUAUUGCUGCAUGCUGCGUCCUUUGUCGUGCUUCUCCCCAUGAAUCGAAUUUUGCAAUGGCUGAAAUGAAGGAACAGUAUGCUUCCAUGAAAUUCUGUUUUCUGCUGGAGAGAACAGUGGCCAAAACAUGUCAUGCUGCAAAGAGGUUACAAGGAAGCUGCCAUGAGCAAAACACAAGUUUAUGAAUGGUUUUCACGCUUUAGGAAUGGUCACUUGUCACUUGAAGACCAGCCUCGUUCAGGGUAACUGUCAACCUCCUGAACAAAUGAAAAUUCAUGGACUAAACUUGGAGGAUCGUCACCGAACAAUUGACGAGCUUGUUGAUCUAACUGGUGUAUCCUGGAGCUCCUGCCAAAGAAUUUUGAGUGAGGAAUUGCGAAUGAAAAGAGUUGCAGCAAAAUUUGUGCCUCGCUUGCUCACGGAAGAUCAAAAGCAGUCACGACUGAAUGCAUGUCAUGGACUGUCAGAACAGCUGGAAGUCAGGUUAGGCCUUUUUCCAAAGGUCAUCACUGGUGACGAAAGCUGGUGCUACGAAUGUGGGGUGAGGAAAAAACAAUGGAGGCAUUAAAAAGUAUCACUUUACAAGAAUUCCUGCUCUGCUUCAUUUAGUGGAAAAAGUGCCUGGACGAAUGCAUUGCUUCUAAUGAAGAAUACUUUGAAGGCAAUGAAAGUGUAAACAUGUAACGCUAAUUGAAUAAAAUUACAAAAUUCUGGUUUCUUUUGAGUA